AUGGCCGAAAGUACCACCACUUUGUUCCCAGAAAAGCAAGCAAAUGUCGAGUUUCCAAAUGAGGGCUAUGACGAGGAAAGUGAAAAACUUAGCCAAGAAUGUAAGGAAUUGCUUCUUUCUCUUCCUAGAGAGAGGGGCUGGGCUGUCCCAUCGCUUUAUCUCUACAAAGAAGUUUGGUAUGGAGGACCUCGAGUCCAAGCCAUAAAUUCCUUUCGAUCACACUUCCAAGCAAAAGAUAAUGACAUUAUCUUAGUUUCCCCUCCAAAAUCUGGCACUACUUGGUUGAAAGCCCUUACUUUUGCUCUUGUGAAUCGCAAACGUUUCUCUCCUUCAGAUAAUACCCAUCCUUUGCACAUUUCCAAUGCUCAUAACCUUGUUCCUUACUUUGAGUUCAACCUUUAUGGAAAUAACCAGAUUCCUGAUCUCUCCAGUUUGUCUGAACCAAGACUUUUCAGCACCCAUUUUCCAUUUAAUUCAUUUCCUGAUUCAAUCACCAAGUCUGAAUGCAAGAUAAUCUACAUUUGUCGCAACUUAUAUGAUACUUUUGUGUCCUUGUGGUUUUUCACAAGCAAAUUUCGACCACCAUCAUUACCCCAGUUAUCACUUGAGGAAGCCUUUGAGAGGUAUUGCAAGGGUAUCCACGAGUUUGGUCCAAUUUGGGCACAUAUUUUGGGUUAUUGGAGGGAAAGUAAGGAGGCACCAAACAAAUUUUUGUUUUUGAAGUAUGAGGAAUUGACAGGAGAUACCAAGUUCCAUUUGAAACGAAUGGCUGAGUUCUUGGGUUGCCCAUUUGACUUGGAGGAGGAAGGCAAUGGUGUUAUUGAAAAUAUUAUUGAACUAUGUGGCUUUGAGAAGAUGAAGGGACUGGUGGCAAACAAAACAGGAAAGUUUGUGCAGAAGGUUGAAUACAAAGACUUCUUUAGGAAAGGUGAGGUAGGAGAUUGGGUGAAUCAUCUUUCCCCUUGGAUGGAAGAGAAAUUGUCCAAAUUCAUAGAAGAAAAGUUUGGUGGUUCUGGUCUGUCCUUUCAAUAG